AUGGCCCACCCUGUGGAAGUGGGAAAGCGUGGUUUGCUGGGCUGGAGCCACAAGAAUGUGACAGCCAGGGCAGAGAGGGCCCCUGCCCAGUGGCUCACGGCGGGGAUUGACUACAAGACGACCACCAUCCUGCUGGAUGGACGGCGGGUCAAGCUGGAGCUCUGGGACACAUCGGGCCAGGGCAGGUUCUGUACCAUCUUCCGGUCCUACUCCAGGGGUGCCCAGGGCAUCCUCCUGGUGUACGACAUUACUAACCGCUGGUCCUUUGACGGCAUUGACCGGUGGAUCAAGGAGAUCGACGAGCAUGCACCUGGGGUCCCCCGGAUCCUGGUUGGGAACCGGCUGCACCUAGCCUUCAAGCGGCAGGUCCCUACGGAGCAGGCCCGCGCCUAUGCAGAGAAGAAUGGCAUGACCUUCUUCGAGGUCAGCCCUCUGUGCAACUUCAAUGUCGUCGAGUCCUUCACUGAGCUGUCGCGCAUCGUGCUCAUGCGGCAUGGCAUGGAGAAGAUCUGGAGGCCCAAUCGAGUGUUCAGCUUGCAGGAUCUUUGCUGCCGCGCCAUUGUCUCCUGCACACCCGUGCACCUCAUUGACAAGCUCCCGCUGCCGGUCACCAUCAAGAGCCACCUCAAGUCCUUCUCGAUGGCCAAUGGCAUGAACGCAGUUAUGAUGCACGGUCGCUCCUACUCCCUGGCCAGUGGGGCUGGGGGCAGCGGCAGCAAGGGCAAUAGCCUCAAGAGGUCCAAGUCCAUCCGUCCUCCCCAGAGCCCGCCUCAGAACUGCUCGCGGAGCAACUGCAAGAUCUCCUAGCAGGGGCAGGCUGGGUGCCACCGCGUCCAGAUGCUCUGGGAGGGCUUGCUGGGGACGCCCAGGACAUGCGGGGGAGACUGUCCAUGAAGCCCUGCCUGAGAAGCAUCGGGCUUCCCUCUGCCUGUGUUGCGUGGAGGGCAGGAGUGUGCAGGAGGCCUCACUUGUGGGCAGUGGAGGAGCUGCUGCACGCUACGUGAAUCUUGGUCUGAAACAAACCUGGACUCCAGGGUUGCCUGGACUCGCUGGGAGGGAGCCUGGCUCACCUUUGUUAUUUAUAUUGAGGACAUGAGGACGUUUUACCCAUUUUGUACAUUUUUAAAGGGUCAUCAGGGAAGCCUGGAUGCAGCCAUGUGGUGAGCUCACCUCUUCACUGCCACAUGGCUGUGGGGAUGCACUUGGGACAUCUGAGGAGGGGGGGAUUUGAGGCGAUGAUGGGAAAGGAUCUACUGGAAUCCUCCUCUGAACUCACGAACACUUGGAGGGGGCAGGAGGCACGUGGGCAGGCACACACCUUCUGGGAGCUCCUGGCAGCAGGCAGGGGUGUGGCUCCUGCCAUCAUGCUCUGGAUGCCAUUCCUGUGUGCCUGGAAGCCACUCUGGUGUCACUACAGGGGUCCCUGCCCUGCCCAGACCUUCCUGCUGUUUGACACCUUCAGUGAGGUUUACUGCAUAGCGUCUAAUUAGAAGAUGCAAAGCCAUUUGUCAACUAUAAAUACUUGGUGGGGCCACCACCUGCUCACCUCCUGUGGCUCUGGACCCCGGGCACUCGCUUCGGCCUCCUGUCCUCGGCAGCUUCUGUUCACUGGCCUCGGACGUGCCCCUCAGCUGCUGCCCGCCUGUUGUUGCUCUUCUGCCCUGCGAGGCCACACGGCCACCAGAACCACUCUGACCUGUGUCUUGGUGAUGCUGCGUGGAACAGGGCCUCAUCCAUGCUGUGGGCACAGUGUGGACGCUGUGGGCACAGUGUGGACGCUGAGUUCCUCCUGAGGACCCUCCGGCCCUUGUGCUGGAGGCCCAGGCACAAUAGGGCUAUUCACCUAUCUCCUUUUGAAGCCAUUGACUGUCCCUCCACAGGGCCCUGGGCAGCGGCUCCACAGGUGCCGUCCUCUGUGACUGCUCCCCCCCACCUGCCCCACCUAGCCUGCGAAUUCAGUCACACUGGUGCUCAACUCUACCUCCUGCCCUUGGCUCCAGCCCAGCAGCGGCCAGCAUGCAGCAGGAACCCUCCCUGGGCCUGGGACCUCCCCUCCACGGAGACUGCACAGUGAUGCCAUCAGAGGUGGACCUGUGGAGGGCAUGGCCCGGGCACCAGUGGACACACAGCCAUGCAGCCUGCUGUUCUGGAAGGGCAAAGGCCCACAUGAGUUGCUGAAUGAACAAGGGAGCCUGGGCUAGGCAGCUCCAAGGGACCCUGCCUGGAGGCCGGGCCACCUCUCAGCACCACCUGCCUGUUGCUGCCCACGGGGCCCCUUUGUCUGGAAUUAUGAACAAAAUCACACAGACUUUGUCUUGAGGCCCCGGGUGGUCCUGCACUCUCAGUAUCAACACUACCCUCACUGCUGUCUGGCACACCUGCCAGUCCUGGUUCUCUGAGCUGUGUCAUUUCUUUGUACAGUAAACGUGAUUCAGCUGUGA